AUGGCGGGCGUCGACCCGGAGGUCGCGCAACACCACCUCAACAUUUCGCCCGACGCUCGUCCGGUGAAGCAAAAGCCCAGAUGCCAGGCCCUUGAUCGGCAACUCGCCAUACGAGAAGAAGUGGAACGACUUUUAACAGCGGACUUCAUAGAAGAAGUCAGAUACCCACGAUGGCUAUCCAAUGUAGUCCUCGUAAAGAAACCCAAUGGAAGUUGGAGUAUGUGUGUUGAUUACACCAGUCUCAACAAUGCAUGCCCAAAGGAUUGCUACCCCCUCCCAAAGGUCGAUCAGUUGGUCGAUGCAACGGUCGGACACGCCCGCCUCUCAUUUAUGGACGCCUUCUCGGGAUAUAACCAGAUCAGAAUGACGCCCGAAGACCAAGAGCAUACGGCCUUUCUCACCGAUCAAGGGGUAUACUUUUAUAAAGUCAUGCCAUUCGGAUUGAAGAACGUUGGAGCUACGUACCAGAGAACAGUGAACAAGAUGUUCGCCCACCAGAUCGGGCGAAACAUGAAAGUUUAUGUUGACGACAUGAUUGUAAAAAGCCAAGCGGCAGAAGCUCACCUUGCCGAUCUGGCCGAGACAUUCGCCACGCUGCGCAAGUUCGGCAUGCGACUCAACCCCGCGAUGUGUGCCUUCAGCAUCACCUCAGGAAAGUUCCUCGGGUUUAUCAUACACGAAAGAGGAAUUGACGCCAACCCGGAGAAGGUCCAGGCAGUCAUCAAUAUGCAGUCACCUCAGACGAUCAAAGACCUGCAGCGCCUUAACGGGAGGCUCGCCGCCAUGUCUCGUUUUCUUGCCCGAUCGGUAAAGCAACGCUUGGCCGGCCUCCCCCGACUUGCCUUAGUGUCUCCCGGGGAGAAGCUCGACCUCUACCUGGCUGCCUCCCGGCACGCAGUCAGUUCCAUUCUGAUCAAAGAAAACUCCGGCGAACAGCUACCGAUCUACUACAUCAGCCACGUCCUGAACGGGCCUGAGGAACGGUACCCACCGAUUGAGAAGCUGGCACUGGCGCUUGUGCUGUCGGCCCGAAAGCUACGCCCCUACUUCCAGGCUCACCCGGUGGAGGUCAUCACCGACCAACCACUCCGGCAGAUCUUGUCUAAGUUUGAUCUUGGAGGGCGUCUUCUCAAAUGGGCGGUGGAGCUCGGCGAGUAUGAUGUACGAUACAUGCCAAGAACUGCCAUCAAAGCCCAUUUCGUGGCCGACUUCAUCGCGGAAUUAACUCAGAUCGAGGAUGUGGAUCUCGAGCAACCUUCUGAAGGAUGGGUCCUGCACGUGGACGGAUCGGCCAACUCAAAGGGCGCCGGUGCGGGGCUGGUGCUACUAGCUCCCGACGAGCGAUCAUUCGAGCGUUCCCUCUGCUUCGGGUUCCAAGCCACUAACAACGAGGCGGAAUACGAGGCGCUCCUAGCAGGACUCAGGUUGGCCCUCGAAAUGCAAGUGGAUGCCAUACACGUCCUCACCGACUUGCAGUUGGUAGCCGAGCAACUCAGCGGCGAAUACGAGGCUCGUGACCUAGUCAUGGCGAAGUACCUAGCACAGGUAAAGAACCUGAUCGCCAAGUUCCCUCAUUUUACAUUAUCUAAUGUCCUGAGGGGAGAGAACGAGCGAGCCGACGCACUAGCUAAGUUGGCGUUGAAAUCAGCCCCCGAAGCCAGGCCCGAGGUCGAGGAGCUCCCUUUCCGUGCCAUCGAAAUCGCUGCUGCGGCCUCGGGCGGUGCGCCGACCACGUGGGCACAAGAGAUGCUACGCUUCAAGCGGGACAGGACCCUUCCCCCCGACGAGGCUACGGCUCGGCGCCUGGGCCGUACGCAUGUGUGGUACUUCGAGAUGGGCGGACGACUCUAUAAGCGGUCCUUCACAUACCCUCUCCUACGGUGCUUGGAGCCCAACGAAGCUCGGACGGUUCUGGUCGAGGUCCACGAAGGAGUCUGCGGGGAGCACAUUGGCGGGCAAACCCUGGCGCACAAAAUACUUCACCAAGGAUACUACUGGCCGACCAUAUGCCAAGACGCGAAGGUCUACGUGCAACGGUGCGGUUCGUGCCAAGAGCACGCCCGCGCACCCCGGCAGCCCGCGGUCCCGCUCACCCCCAUCGAUUGCGCAUGGUCGUUCGCACAGUGGGGUCUGGACCUGCUCGGACCUUUCCCGCCAGCCUCGGGACAGCGGAAAUACAUCAUCGUGGGAAUGGAUUACUUCACCAAGUGGGUUGAGGCCGAGCCACUGGCGACGAUCACAGAGCGGCAAAUAGAAAAGUUCGUGUGGAGGAACCUAGUGACUCGGUUUGGCCUGCCCAAAACCAUCAUUACAGACAAUGGGCCUCAGUUCGCCAGCGGAAAGUUCCGAGAGUUCUGCGCAAGCUACGGGAUCCGGCUGAGGUUCAGCUCAUUGGCUUACCCUCAGACGAAUGGGCUAGCGGAAGUUACCAACCGGUCCAUUCUAGACGGGCUCAAAAGAAGAGUGUCCGUAGCACGAUCGGCUUGGACGGACGAGCUCCCGAGCGUCUUAUGGUCAUUACGCACCACCCCGAAAAUCGCGACUGGAGAGUCCCCCUACAGCCUUGCGUUCGGGACCGAAGCUGUCCUACCGCCCGAAAUAGCUAUUCCCACCCCUCGGACAAAAAACUACGACGAGGGAACCUCAAACGAGGGACUUCGAGCUAGCCUUGACAUGCUUGAGGAACGGUGUGCCAACGCGCACUUGAAGGCCCUCUCUUAUAAAAGAGCCGUCGCAAUGGUCUACAACCGGAAGGUACGCCCCCAACCAAUUAAGCUAGACGACUUGGUCCUCCGCAAGAUCGAAGUCAGCAACCCGACCCGAGCAGGGGGAAAGCUGGCCCCCAAAUGGGAAGGACCUUAUCGGGUCGUCAAAAUAAUCCGACCGGGCACAUACCGACUCGCGACAAUGGCUGGUUCUUCCUUACCGAGAAUAUGGAACGUCCAGAACCUUAAGAAGUUUUUCGUCUAA